GGAGUGUUGCUCUGUACUUCGAUUCCUAACUUCAAGUAUGGGCUGAUGGGAUCUGAGCUAGCAGUGACUUAACAGGAAUGGGAUCUUGAGGUUGUAGUAGACACUGAUGAAGUCCAUGUUAGGCAUAAUUAGCAAAUGAAUUGAAAGUAGAACUGCCAAGAUAAUACACCUCUUCUACAUGUAUUUGGUGUGACCACACUUAGAAUAUUGUGUACAAUUUUGGUUGCUGCACAUGAGAAAGGACAUUGAGUUGGAGAAAGUGCAGAGAAGGGCAAGUGAAAUGAUGAUGGGGUGAAUGAUGAAGUGAAAUGGACCAACUCUCCUAUGAGAAGCAGUUACACUAAUGGAUUGUUUAACUUAGAAAAAAGGUAUUAUGGUUGUGGCCUGGUGAUCCCAGACUGUCUAGAAGACUGCUGGAUAUUGGAUUUGGGCUGUGGGAGUGGCAGAGACUGUUACAUGCUCAGUAAGCUGGUUGGGGAGAAUGGACAUGUCACUGGAGUAGAUAUGACUGAAGCCCAGGUAGAACUGGCAAAGAAACACAUUGAUUACCACAUGAACAAGUUUGGGUAUCAGAAACCCAACAUAAACUUUAUCUGUGGCUACAUGGAAAAACUGGGUGAAGCAGGUCUUAGGGAUGACAGUUACGAUCUGGUAAUCUCCAAUUGUGUGGUUAACCUGUCUCCUGAUAAAUGUGCUGUCCUACGUGAGGCUUAUCGAAUCUUAAAGAAUGGUGGGGAAAUGUAUUUCAGUGAUGUGUAUGCCAGCCAGGAUCUGCCAGAGACGAUCAGGAAACAUAGAGUCUUGUGGGGUGAAUGCCUAGGGGGAGCCUUGUGUUGGAAGGAUCUCUACAGAAUUGCUGAGCAGGUUGGAUUCUAUCCACCUCGGUUGGUGGCUGCUUCACAAAUAACUCUUGCCAACAAGGAGCUGGAAAAUCUUGUGGGUGAUUGCAAGUUUGUUUCUGCUACUUUCCGUCUGUUCAAGAUUCCCAGGGAAUGUUCAGCUGGGUGUACUGAAGUUAUUUACAAAGGAGGCAUCCCAGGGCAUGAGAGAGAACUAGAGUUUGACAUCAACUACAGUUUUAAGCAAGGAGAAGUGGUGGAUGUGGAUGAUGAGACAGCAGCUAUUCUACAGAACUCAAGAUUUUCUCGGAUGUUCCUGAUCCAUCCAAUAAGCCAGAAACUACUAACUCCAGAAGGAUAUUGUUCCAGAAAACUGAAGGAGAAGAUCAAGGAUCCAUUUAAAUUAGUGGAGCAGUUGAAGGCAAAAGACCCUGCCCAGUCUUCCUCAGGAUGCUGUGGGUCCAAAGGAUGUUGCUGAACCUUGCAGUGUACUAUCAAAAAUCAGAGUUUGAAAAGCAAAAGUGGAAUACAUUGAAAAUAAUACUUUA